AUGAGUGAAAUGAACACGAAAUUCAGCAACUCCAACAACUCCAACAACAACGACCAGGUCACUCUGAACAUGAUUAUGUUCAGCCUUCAACAAUUGCAGUCUUCUGUUGCUCAAAUGAAUAACAACCUUCAGCAAUUGUCUACAGUUGUUAAUCAAUUGGUUACAGGCACCAAUUCUCCUGCACAAUCUACUGAGCCAGAUCAAGGCUCAGAGGACGGAUUGCAAAAAAGGAUCAGCAAGAGAAUUGCACAACCUAAUAAGCAUGGAAAGAGGGACAUAAGGAGCAGCGCCAAAAAGGCAAUUGAGGCGCGUCAAAGACACUCUUUGACAAGUUCUAGGCGCAUGAAAGAUAUGGCAGAUGCAACGAAUGUCCCUUCAAAAGUCUAUUUAAAUGACAAACUUGCAGCAUUGAUAGAUCAACUGUAUUAUGAAAAACACCAAGGGUAUCCAGAUGCAGAGUUUAGAAAGAAAGCGAUCCUUAACUUAAGAGAAUAUGCAAGACAUACACAUAUACAAAUGGAAAAUGAUGGGUUUAUAAACAUACAAUGGAAUGACCUUGAUGACGACAUUAAAAUGUAUUAUGCAUUAAUAGUAGAAGAUAUAGC